AUGUACCCUACUGUCCUGGGCUACCAAAUUGUACAGCUUCUAGGCGGUGGCGGAUUCUCACGCGUGUUUCGCGCCGUGAACCCUUCGUCGUCGGCCCACCCUCAGGCAGCUGUCAAAGUGGUAUCCUAUGUAUCCACCAGCAACAAGCAGCCUAUAGACCGACGUGCGCUUCAAAAAGAAGUGCAAAUUCACAGUAUUUUGAAGCACAAAAACGUGCUGGCGUUUCUAGGCUCGGUCGAGUAUGCAGUCGGGUCUUCGGCGCCCAGCAACUAUGUACGUGGCCUCUACAUCCUCCUUGAGCUAUGUGCAGGCGGCGAUUUGUUUGACAAGAUUGCGCCUGAUGUCGGUGUCGACGAAGACUUGGCGCAUUUCUACUUUACGCAGCUCAUGGCCGGCUUGGUGUACAUCCACGGCCAGGGCGUGACACAUCGCGAUAUCAAGCCCGAAAAUAUGCUGCUGGAUGCGCAGGGCAACUUGAAAAUCGCCGAUUUUGGAUUGUGCAGUGUGUACAAGUACAAAGGCAAAGAACGAACGCUGCAUGGUACGUGUGGCAGUCUGCCCUACAUUGCCCCGGAAAUGAAUGGACGGCCGUAUCAAGGCGAACCAGUGGACGUAUGGAGCAGCGGUGUGGUCCUUUUUGCUAUGCUGGUCGGGAACACCCCAUGGGAUGAACCUACACGGCGUAGCCCAGAGUACACAGCGUACCUCUCCGGCGAACUAUUCCGCGUCGAUCCAUGGACACGUUUGAGUGGCGAUACGCUCUCUCUUCUCCGAAAGAUGAUGCAUCCUGAUCCAGCCAAACGUAUUACCCUCGCGCAAAUUCAGCGCCAUCGAUGGUUUACACGGCCCAACAGUCUGCUCACGUCCGGCAAGUGCAACGAUCCUGUGAGUUUGGCGGAACGUCUUCUGUACGGUCUCAUGGUCUCAGGUGAUAUGCAUGUAUCAUUGCACAGCGACGGUCAGCGUGCCCCUGUGCCUGAAAACAUCUCGUUGACGCAGCCUGACGCCUUAGCCUCGCGAUCGUCGUUGGCAUGGGGUGCCGAUGAUACCAUGCCGUCGUCGACUGCCCAGCCAGCGUUGGGCGCACGACGCAGGCUCAUGACAACAUCGCAAGUGCCUGGACGCACGCGUGAUCUCAGCACACAGAGUGACGAUAUGGGCGGCGAGUUCACGCAGGCGUUAGGCUACUUUACACAGUCGUCAGCAGCGCCGAUGGGAAUGGUUUUGCAGCUUACACGUUUCUACACCGCCGCUGAUCCCGCGUCGAUGGCGCACAUACUAUCGCAAGCGCUGCAUAAACAAAAAGCCCAGUUCCAUGUGGAUGCUAUGGGCGAUGAUCCAGAUUGGAUGGAUGACGUUGAGGACGUCGAAGCGACGUCAACUGCUUCCUCGUCCGGACCAGAUACCCUACGACAUGCACAUGGUGUACGCAUCCGCCUCGGCCUCAUGGAUCGACGCAAGUGUGCAUUGAAGGGAGAAAUUCGUAUGGAGCGCGUGGCAGAGCUGCCAUCGGAUUUGGGCGACGCUGCAGGGAAGCCUGGCAGCUUUGUACUGAUGCGGCGUAGCAAGGGCAACCCGCUCGAAUGGCGCCGUCUCUUCCGCGACUUAUGCCGCGACCCAGAUGUGCGUACCAACAUAGCCAUGCCUAGUUCUAUGUAA